AUGCAUCCAGUUCGUGCUGUAAAAGAAAAAAUCGGUUCUGCUCUGGAAGAAAUCGCUGUCACUGCACCGCAAUUAGUCAAAGAUGCAGUCGUUGCUGCAAGUGAUAAGAUACAAGAGUAUAACGAGAAAGUCUUAGAGCCUGAACAGCAACGAUUUGCCGAAGAACAUAACUAUACUCAUGGUGGUACACGUGAAACAAUCGCGAAACAUUUGAUAGGCGUAAGUAAAUAUGAAGCGGGUGCACACUUUCUCAAUGAACAUGUGGUGAAUCCGAUGCGUUCAAAAGACGAGCAGCAGGAUUCACCAUCGAUAACGAAUUAG